UAGGACUUUGGUCGGCUGCUUUCCGCUUAACACAAGAACAAGAACGCUAUUUUGUCUCCUCCACGCAAUUACCUCUUCUUCUCUCAGACAUUUCGUCAAACAGAUGGUGCUCGUUCUGAAACAGCUUACGAACUAACAAGGAGACAGACACUAAGCUUGGUUAUCUCCGAUUAGAAGGGGGAAAAAGCGAAAACGAGGGCUUGAGACGAGUGAUGUGAUAGAGAUGGAAGGAGUUGAGCUAGAACUAGAGAGAAGAAGCAAGUUCUUGAACAGUUUGAUACAGAAGAAGAAGGCUAAAGAACAGCAAGAUCAGAAAGAUGAGUUCAAUGUUCGAGUUAGGGCUUCAGAUAUGCCUUUGGUUCAACAGAACAGAGCCUUUAGUUUGUCGCGUGAGAUUUUGAAUGCUACUCCUGGGAAAGCUGACAACAAAAGACUCGCUCUUACCCUAAAAAAGACGAGUGAUGUGAUAGAGAUGGAAGGAGUUGAGCUAGAAUGAGAGAGAAGAAGCAAGUUCUUGAACAGUUUGAUACAGAAGAAGAAGGCUAAAGAACAGCAAGAUCAGAAAGAUGAGGUCAAUGUUCGAGUUAGAGCCAGAUAUGCCUUUGCCUCUACAGAACAGAGCCUUUAGUUUGUCGCAUGAGAUUUUGAAUGCUACUCCUGGGAAGGCUGACAACAAAAGACUCGCUCUUGCCCUAAAAAAGAGUGUAGAUGGCUCAGUGUUUGAUGAACAAAUUUUAAACUGUGAGGAUAUUAUUCCUUCUGUGAGGGCUUUGAUGAUUAGCUUUUGAUUUUAACAUAUGGAGCGGCAUGGAGCACUUUUUGAUGCUAAGAAUUUGCGAAUCCCUCAAUUUAUCAUAUUCGAGUAGGUAGAGGCAUUGAUUGACUCAUACAUUGGUUUUAUGAAGUAGUUGAGUAAAACAAUAUAGUGUUCACUUAUCUAUGUGCACCUUAUCUUUUUUGUCUCAUUGUUUCAGCUGUUUAACUUGUUUUA